AUGGCGAAUAAUGAGGCCUCGGUUGAGAAAGAGAUUGAGAGGCAGUUGAAUCCGAUAGCGUGCAGCCAUUGUCGGCAGCGGAAGCGCAAGUGUGAUAGGCAGUUGCCGCAUUGUCUGCAGUGCACCAAUGAUCCUGCCAAUUGCCAUUACCCAGAACAGAACAAGAGAGGUCUUCCCAUAGGGUUUAUCACAAGACUAGAGGCUCGUCUUGCUGAGACAGAAGAAGCUCUCUUCCAGCUCGUGCACUCUAUCGAUGAGCCUAACAACAAUAACAUCUCACUCAAGCCUUCAUCACAAAGAAAAGACGACCGUAUAAGAGAAUGGGAUAGUCUUCCACUAAGAAAUGUGGAUGAAAUAAGAACAUGGUAUCGAAACAGAUCAGAGCAAACUCACUCGCCAACCCAGCACGAGGCUUUGAUGGAUGAAGACCAACGUGCCCGAUCUGUUCACGCCACACCAUCCGAGCCAGAGCCUAUGGACCUUCCUAAUGACCCUGGAGAUGACCACGGAGAAACAAUUACGCUGCAAGAUGCGGAUGACGAUACCAUGCCGAGGAAUGAUAUUCAUAUCCAGGAGGAGUCUGGUGGAAGCAAAGCCAAGGAGAUGGAGCAGAAACACCCGAACAUGUACUUUUAG